CAACAAGGAAGUUAUAAUAUCAAAAUAUGAAAAUAAGUACAACUCUAAAACUUAUAGAAGUAUACUGUUGACAGAUAUUUACUUAUUUACUACAUAUUAGUUUCAUCACAAUUGGUCAAUAUAUAAAACCGUACAUUCAAAGGCACUGAUAAAAGAAGCCAUCAUAAAGGAAUUUAAUAAAUCAAACAUUAUAAAGCCGGACUAUCUGUACAUAACACUAGCAAUAUGGGAAUCUUAAGAGAACACCUCAUUUUGGACAUUUACAUUGUUGUGUUGAUUUCAACUUCUUUGGCUUCAGCAUUUCAAUGCAACAAUGUACAAGUUGUUAGUAGGGCAGAAUGGAAUGCAUCUGCACCUGGAGGUAGAGAAAAUAUGAUGGACAAUCGACCUUACGUCACAAUACAUCAUACUGCUGGUCCACAUUGCUUUAAUCUUUCUUCUUGUAAAAAAGAAGUGAAAAGAAUACAAGAUUUUCAUCAAGGACCAGAGAGAAAAUGGUGGGACAUUGGGUACAACUUUCUCAUAGGGGAAGAUGGAAGGGCUUAUGAGGGGAGGGGCUGGCUUACCAAAGGAGCACACGCUGGAGCCCCCUUCAAUACAUUAGCAUAUGGUAUUAGUAUAAUGGGAGACUUUAGUAACCUACUUCCCAACCAGAUGGCUCUUGAUGCAUUCAACAGUUUGGUCGAGUGUGGAAUCAAUAAUAGUCGUAUAUUGAGCAACUAUAGCCUUAUUGGACACAGACAAGCACGCAGACCUUACUAUACAACUUGCCCUGGAAAAGCUCUCUAUUGUCAUAUCCAAUCUUGGGACCAUUUCAAACCAUACCAGUUUAAUGGAACAUUUGACAACAAUACCUGUCACAAUGAAAGCAUCACAACACAAAGUUCUGAAAACAUCACCAUGCCAACAACACUGGGCUCUAUUAACACAACAGCACC